CUGCUUCUCUACUGCGGAAGACAGAGUGAUAUUUGUGUUCCCAUAUCGUGUUGUAAAAUGCAUGAGAUUUUGCUCUUCCUCCUUGGAAAUGAGAAUAGGAAAAUGAGAGCAUCCUGAACCAGAAGCUAUUAGAAGAGCAUGCAGAAACCUGCAGCGAUUUCUGCUUUAUUUUGUCUUCCUAGCUAUGGAUUAGAAGGACUGAUUUCUGCAAUGGGCUUUUUCCAUAAUGGCAUUCUUGUAUUGUUUGGUCAGAGCUUGCACAGGAGGAAAACAGGCUGCUGAAUUUAGUCACUGAUCUCUAUUAGCCGUGGCCUAAGGCUAUGCUGAGAUUUAUAUCCCAUUUGUAUUGUUGCAGCUCAAAAGAAGAAUGUUCAGAGGAUGACAAGUGUAUUCUGAGUAGUACCGUGGUGACAACAUGCCAUUGAAAUGGAAAACGAGCUCUCCUGCUAUCUGGAAAUUCCCAGUUCCUGUGCUUAAAACAUCCAGGUCAUCGCCACUUUCUCCAGCAUACAUAUCCCUGGUGGAAGAGGAGGAUCCUCAUAUGAAAGUGUCUCUUGGGAGCAGCGAUAUGGGCGUCUCUGCCCAUCUGCAGUCUUCGAAGACAGGAACCACCAGAUUUUUCACCAGCAAUACUCACAGUUCUGUGGUAUUACAGGGCUUUGACCAGCUGCGAGUGGAAGGUUUGCUCUGUGAUGUGACGCUCGUUCCUGGAGAUGGUGAUGAGGUGUUCCCUGUCCACAGAGCAAUGAUGGCUUCUGCAAGUGAUUACUUCAAGGCCAUGUUCACAGGAGGAAUGAAGGAACAAGAUUUAAUGUGCAUUAAGCUUCAUGGUGUGAACAAAAUAGGCCUAAAGAAGAUAAUUGAUUUCAUCUAUACUGCAAAACUUUCCCUUAACAUGGACAACCUUCAGGACACUCUGGAAGCUGCCAGUUUUUUGCAGAUUUUACCUGUUUUGGACUUCUGUAAAGUAUUUCUUAUAUCUGGGGUUUCGUUGGAAAACUGUGUUGAGGUUGGGCGAAUUGCCAACACAUACAAUCUCACAGAAGUGGAUAAAUAUGUUAAUAAUUUCAUCCUGAAGAACUUCCCUGCAUUAUUAAGUACUGGUGAAUUUGUGAAACUCCCCUUUGAACGUCUUGCCUUUGUGCUUUCAAGUAAUAGCCUUAAGCACUGCACUGAACUGGAGCUCUUCAAGGCGGCGUGUCGCUGGCUGCGCUACGAGGAGCCUCGCAUGGAGUACGCCGCAAAGCUCAUGAAGAACAUCAGGUUUCCCCUGAUGACCCCCCAGGAUCUUAUCAACUACGUCCAGACUGUGGACUUCAUGAGAACUGACAACACCUGCGUCAACUUGCUUCUGGAGGCCAGCAAUUACCAGAUGAUGCCGUACAUGCAGCCGGUGAUGCAGUCGGAGCGGACGGCGAUCCGCUCGGACAGCACGCACCUGGUGACGCUGGGAGGGGUGCUCAGGCAGCAGCUGGUGGUCAGCAAGGAGCUGCGGAUGUACGACGAGAAGGCCCACGAGUGGAAAUCCCUGGCGCCCAUGGACGCGCCGCGGUACCAGCACGGCAUCGCCGUCAUCGGCAACUUCCUCUAUGUGGUGGGAGGCCAGAGCAAUUACGACACCAAGGGAAAGACGGCGGUCGACACGGUCUUCAGGUUUGACCCUCGCUACAACAAGUGGAUGCAAGUGGCAUCUUUAAACGAGAAACGGACCUUCUUCCACCUAAGUGCCCUCAAAGGACAUUUGUACGCCGUCGGAGGUCGGAAUGCAGCGGGUGAGCUAGCCACCGUGGAAUGUUACAACCCCAGAAUGAACGAGUGGAGCUACGUGGCAAAAAUGAACGAGCCCCACUAUGGUCACGCUGGAACCGUGUACGGGGGGUUAAUGUAUAUUUCAGGGGGAAUUACCCACGACACUUUCCAAAAGGAACUCAUGUGCUUUGACCCUGACACAGACAAAUGGACUCAGAAAGCUCCGAUGACGACAGUCAGAGGUCUGCAUUGCAUGUGUACUGUAGGAGACAAGCUGUAUGUUAUUGGUGGAAACCACUUUAGAGGAACAAGUGAUUAUGAUGAUGUUCUAAGCUGUGAAUAUUACUCACCAACUCUAGACCAGUGGACUCCAAUUGCCGCCAUGUUACGUGGGCAAAGCGAUGUUGGGGUUGCUGUCUUUGAAAAUAAAAUCUAUGUUGUUGGAGGAUAUUCUUGGAAUAACCGGUGUAUGGUGGAAAUAGUUCAGAAGUAUGAUCCAGAAAAAGAUGAGUGGCAUAAAGUAUUUGACCUUCCAGAAUCCCUUGGUGGCAUUCGAGCCUGCACUCUCACUGUUUUCCCUCCGGAGGACAACACAGGGUCACCGUCCAGAGAGUCUCCUCUUUCAGCACCUUAGAACCAUCCCUUGGCUCACGAUGUUGUAGUAACACCUCUGCACUGCAUCAUGGGGUCUCUUAUUUUUCUUCAGUAGUUUCUGUUAGGCUUAGCCUACAGCAUUUCAUACAAUUACUGGAAAAAACAAAAAAGACUUUGACAUUAUUUGUGCUGUUUGUUUGGCCUAGAAUGUCUCUCAAGUGGUUAACAAAAAAAAGAUGUACUCGCCCGAGCCAAAUGUUUAACAAAUGAGAGGGUAUUGUCUAUAAAAUGUAUGAACUAGGUACGUUAUUAAUGUUGUAUGUUGGGUGUGAGGUACCUUGUAGCUUACAUUUGGGAGCCCAGUGAGUCAAAUUUGUAUUGAACAUGUUACUGAAUUUCAUGUUGAAAUCAUUUUUCCUUUCAUUUUUGACUGCAGAUCACAAGGGUAGGUAGACCACAUCAUGUGAACUCUCUGAAGGUUGCCAAGGGGCCUGAGCUACCUCCCUCUUUACACAGAGUAUUUUUGACAUAUCUGUUUACCCACCUGACUUUGUGGGUGCUUUCAGAGCAUAUGAAGUUUCUUAGGCAGAGGGAAGAAAUAAAAUAAUUUUAAAAUAUUAGCACUGUACAGGAGCGGACCUUGUAGAGGCCGGGAGUUUUUUAUAACAUAUAUCGAGUGUUUUUCCUGAGUCAGUUGAAUGAUGCUUCAAACAACACAUUCUAAACAUAUUUGUGUUUUUUAAUUUGGUUUUCUUUUCAGGAAUUGGCUUCCUCUUGCAUGGGAGCACACACUAUUAACAAAUGGGAAUUCAGUGCAGCUGUGUAUUCUGUGCUGUGGCUGUACUGAAUAUGGGUAGUUAAGGGCUAGAAUCAGUAACUUAAGCCACUGAAUUUGACCAAAUGGUUCCAUCCGAUCAAAUUUAAUCUACCUUUUCUCCUUUGCUGUUGAGAUAACUUGCAUAAUGUGUCCUCUGUAUAGUCUCAGUUAAUAAGGUUAUUUAGCACAAAGUGCAGCUUCAGUGAGAGAGCUGCUUUUGCUCAGUGAACCUGGACUACCACAUUUUACCUUCUUUUGUUCAAUAAAACUUUUAACUGCAGUUACCCAGUCUAAGCUACCUCAUUAAUGUAUUUGGUUUUCUUCCUCUGCCUCAGUGUCUCCAGGAUACACAUGACGUAUAUCCACGCGGGUAGGUGAAUCUGCUAGGAAACCAAUGCAGAAGUGAUCAUGAAUGGGUAUUUUUGACCUACUUUUAAGAAACUAUUUUGGUCUGAUGUGUUCAUUUUGUAGUUAGGGACUGAUGAAAAACCAGUCUUAACGUUUUUUCCUUGGAGAACUGCUAAUGUGUGCAGCCCUGCAAAUUCACAGGAAUCUUUACCUGUUCCAAAAUACGGCGCCCUGCUGACAAACUGCAGCUCUGAUUAUGCCAUUGUGAUUGUUCUGGACUUCCCAUCAUGUUACAAGUCAUUUUGCUAAUGAACACAGUCACAGGGGCAUCCUCUGGGGAAAACUGUUUAAACCAGCUUAUUGUGUUACCUAUUAAUAAUAACCAAGUAAAGCUUAAUAGACUUUUGUUGGGAUUUUGCUAUUUGUGUUUUGUCCCUGCUUGAUGCAGUCAAGCAGCAGGAUUACUGUGGUGUCACUUUUGGAAGUACUGAUAUUUAUUCUUUGUGCAGUUUACUAGUAACAAUCACUACCAAAAUCUACAUGUAAGCUUUAGGUUUCAUAAUUGUUUUGGUUAAAAUCAAAAUCAAUUCUUCCUCUUUAAAAAAUUGAAGUCUCAAUUCCAUGUGGCUGUGCAAGGUUGUUUCAGGUGGAAUAGUGGCACCAGUGGAUACUCCUGGAAACUGGCCAGUGAAGAUAAAUUGAUUCAUCAUCCUAAGAAUACUCUUCUUAUGCUGUGCAAAGCACUGGAUAGAAAAAUGUUGCUCUGUUGUUUAAUAAUUUUUCAAUCAUUUAAGUGUCACAUGCUACUAAUUUAUUUUUUUUUUAUGGUCAAAGACCAGAUUUUAGACCCUGCUUGAGUUUAAAUCCUCUGAAAUCCAUAUUCUUUUAUUAAUUAAACUGAAAAGUACUUGAAGGACUUGCAAUUCCUUUAGGAUAAUGUAAAUAUAUCCUGCUCUUUCUAUGCUGGGGAUGAGGGACACAGUGUUUAAAAGUGGGUAUCUUCACUGGUGUUCUCUGUUUGGAAGAAGCUUAACAUGGGUUCUGAUCAUUCUGAGGUGGUUUAAAGCCAGGAUAUCAGUUUUGUGUCUGAGCCUUGUAUAGCCAGGAGCUGGUAUAUGGCCACAAUGUUGAGAUUUUUUUGUUUAUGUUUGGUUUUGUUUGUUUGGGGUUUUUUUGUUUUUGUUUUGGUUUUUUUGACUCAUUAUUUGUUACACCUAAAAUGGAAGACUUAUUUUUGAAUGUUUUGUCAUCAGUGGAUUAAAUUUAGUGCUUCAAUCAAA